AGCUCAAGGUGUCAGACAUAUCAUAAGGGAGAUGAAGCUAUUCAUUUUGGCCACCUGCCUGCUGGCUUUCGCAGCCGGAGAUGUUUCGCAUUUGCCGCUGGAACUCCUGGAGGAGCAUCAUGAGCAUGGCUAUGGCUAUGACUACCCCAAGCCGGAGAUACCAUUUGUGAUUACCACGACGACGGAACCGCCACCGCCACCACCACCGACUUAUCUGCCACCCAAACCAGUGCCCACUUACCUACCUCCUCCUCCGCCCACAACCACAACUACUACCACCACCACAACCACUCCUGCUCCUACUCCCGCUCCUACCUACCUGCCUCCCCCACCACCCACUACCACUACCACGACCACCACUCCCGCUCCCACUCCUGCUCCCACCUACCUUCCUCCCCCACCACCACCACCGCGUACCACUACCACCACCACCACUACAACCACAACGACACCUGCACCCACACCGGUGCCCACGUACCUUCCACCCCCACCCCCACCACCACAACCGGAACCGGGUUACCACUACGAUGUGCCCGCCCAAGAGUUCACCUUCUGAGCAAAAUCGCCAUCAAACUGAACAUGGAAGA